UAUAAACAAGCCUUAUUAGAUGCAAAAGGGUUAUUCGAUUUUGCAGAGAAUAAUAAUAUAUCGUUCAGUUUGCUCAAUAUCGGCGGGGGUUUUAGAAUGACGGAUCCUUACUUGCGACAGACUAUGUCUUCGAUUAACAUUAUUCUCGAAGAGCUGUUUCCAGUUUCAAAACAUCCCGACUUGGAAGUGAUAUCUGAACCAGGAGCUUUUCUUACUGACACUGCUUUCACACUGGCGACGAAUGUUAUAGGAAGAAGAGAAAUUAAAAAUCCCGAAAGUACAUACGACUACCAUGUAAAUGAUGGAAAAUUUGGAUCUUUUUUCUCCCUGUUUACGUUGAAUAGAGACAUGAGAUAUUUUUUUAUAUCUGAGUCAAUGGAGCAAAAAUCAACAUUCAAGUCCAGAGUUUGGGGUCCGGUAUUGACAUCCCAUGAUGAAGUGAUGGACAAGGUUUUUCUCCCCAAACUUGAGAUGGGAGAUUGGAUAUUCUGGAGAAAUAUGGGAGCAUAUUCUUUUGCACUCAAUUCUAGUUUUAAUGGAUAUAGAACAAAAACAUUUUAUGAUGUCAUUUCAAAAGAAGAUUUGUUACUUUUUCAGCAAUUGCGCAAGAAGAAAACAACUUGCUGUUUUUGUUUCACAAAUUUAGAAUAUAAAGAAUAAGAGUAACGAGGAACUCCAUCGAUUUAUUGUUACAAAUAUAAGAUUCUCAUACAUUUCGUGUGAUAUAAAAAAGCUAUAACACGUCAACGCUCAGUUAGAACAUUUUAAUUAUCAUUAUUGACUGUAAAACAAAGCUUUAGUUGUAAAUCUGGAUCAACUCAGAUUCUUCGAAUUAGGACAAAACAAGUUGAUCCUAACAAUCCAUUUUCUAGCUGUCAGUUGUUGCGCAGCAUUCUCGUCGUUGGCCAUAGCUCGGGGACAACACAUAUUGAUUUGAUCGGACAAUCAAGAUUAGAUCUCCUACCGUGUUUGAUAGUAUAUUAAGCUAAGGACUCAUUCUAUUAUAUAUAAGCAAAUCACGGUUCGUAUUAAAAAGACGGGGGUGGAGACAGGACAGAAAGUAACAGUACAUACGAGUAUCCUAAAAUACUGAAGAAUUGUGUCGAUCAAGUUGGCAAUAAUAUAUCAACUGUGUGCUGGCGAAGUCUUUGUAUUUGUUGUUGGGAGUGAAGAUCAGGUAAUUUCAGAAAGUGGGUGCAAUAAAGAUUGAGUUAAAGACUGUACCGUUCCCAUCUGCCUUCGUACAACAACGCCAAAACAUAUAUACUAUUAAAUUGGCUAUAUUGGUGCCCUGAACAAAAGAUAGCAACCUUCUAUUGGAGUCAAAUAACAAGAGUAUAAAGGGUCAAAUCAAGCAUCGUUUUCCGAGCCAAAAAAACUUACCACAGUAGAAAAAACUAUCUCACAAACGAAACCAUAGGACGAAAUUGACAAAGCAGAAAGAAAACGAACAAUGAACUCGGAUAAAGACGCAGAAUAUCGUAAAACCGUUAUGGACAUGGAUCGCAAUGAACUUUUAAAAACAAAAAUAUAAAACUGAGGAUAAAAA